UACAGCCGAAAUUGUGAGAGUUCGACAACUUAUUUUGGUUUGCCAAAUCGAAACAGAUACACGGUCUCUUGUCGAUAUCCUUGUGAAGAUGUGUCUGAAAUUAUCUGUGCUCCUGCUGGGUCUCAGCAUCAGCUAUACGUUGGCUCGCCGACUGCCGAUAACCCUUAAAACAGAUGACAAGAUUCAGAAGCUCCACAGCGAAAGCCUGGUUCUGGCUGAAGUACACCAGGACACGUCGACAAAAUGUUUCAGUUUCUACAAUCCGCAGUUGAACCAAAUAACGGCACAGUACGAGGUCGAUUACGACAGCUGCAUCAGCGCCUAUGAAACAUCAAGCAAACAGGUUGAGAAUUGCUAUAAGUCUGCACGCGAGAACAUAGAGACCAGUGCCUUCCAGUCCUGUAGCGCUUUAUAUGCCUGCAAUCUGGCUUCGAAUGCCUACAAUGCGUUCGAUUGUGCCUCAACUACGGCUGCUGAAGAUGCUAAGAUCUUUUAUGCAAUUUCUGCCAACGCCACGGAUGCUGCUAUCAAGAGCAAGUCGGACUAUUUGCGAGUUGACACUACAAGGAACGUUUGCGUUAGUAAUGCGGAAAGGAACUAUGUUGAGGACACGUCUAAGGUCUAUGGCCUAUUAAAUAGUUGCCUACUGGGCAACGAUAAUAUUCCAGUCCCCACUCCAGAUUUCACUGAUUCCACAGCAAAUGAGUUUACAACUGAGUUUACAACUGAGUUUACAACUGAGUUUACAACUGAGUCAACAUAUAAAGAAUAGAAUUUAAAAUAUUAAACAUGCAUUCAAUAAAAAAAUUCGCAUAUUUAUUGCAAAGAUUUUAAGGUACUAGAAA